AUGGGUUAUCAGUCGAAGUCGAUUGAUGGCGAUGUGACGGCCCCGAUGAUGCUACACGGGCGCGUGGCCAUUGUCACCGGUGGAACCGGCGGCAUCGGCUCCGCCGUGUCGAAGCACCUGGCGUCCCUGGGUGCGCGCGUAGCCGUGGCGUACAUCGGCGACCCAGCGCCUGCUCUGGAGCUGGUGAGCACCAUCAACAAAAACUCAUCAUCGGCCGGGCACGCCGGCGCCGGCGAGGAGGGGGAGAGCCAGCAGCCGCGCGCUGUCGCGGUGGAGGCGGACGUGUCGGAUGCAGCGCAGGUGAGGGCGCUCUUCGACGCGGCAGAGGCGGCGUUCUGCGGGGAGCUCCACAUCCUGGUCACGGCGGCGGGGUUGCUGGACUUCUCGUACCCGACGCUGGCGGAGACCAGCGAGGCGUCGUACGACGCCAUGUUCGGCACCAACGCGCGUGGCACGUUCCUGUGCUGCCGCGAGGCCGCGCGGCGGCCGCGGCCGCAUCAUCACCUUCUCCUCGUCGGGGGUCGGGUCGCUGCGCCCGGGCUACGCGGCGUACGCAGCGAGCAAGGCGGCGGUGGAGGUGAUGACCAAGAUCCUGGCGCGCGAGCUGCGCGGCACCGGGAUCACCGCCAACGUGGUGGCGCCGGGGUCCACGGGCACGCCCAUGUUCUACACCGGCAAGACGGAGGAGGAGGCGGAGCGGUACAUCGCGGAGGCGCCGCUGGGAAGGCUCGGCAUGCCCGAGGAUAUCGCGCCGCUGGUUGGCUUCCUCGCCAGCGACGCUGGCCACUGGUUGAAUGCCCAGGUUCUGCGCUGCAACGGUGGCACCAUCUAGCAUUCCAUGAUGCAUGCGACUGCAUAGUUUAUUUAUUUUUCAAAAAAUGA